AUGAUUCGGAGAUUCGGCAAAAAAUUGGUAUCGAGGAAAGCAUCAUCAAAGACUUGGAAACUGUACCUGGCAACAUAUAAUGUAAGAUCAUUACACUCAGAAGAACGAUUGAUUGAACUAGAACAAAUUAAAUGGGAUGUCGUCGGUCUCGGUGAAGUUAGAAGACGGGGAGAGCAGCUCUGUAAACUAAAAUCAGGCCACAUUUUCUACCAUGCUGGAAACGAGAACUCUUCGAUCGGGGGCACUGGUUUUCUAAUUCACAAGCGUCAUGAUCCGAGCAUCGUGUCCAUCAAGAAAAUUUCCCCUAGAGUAAUUUAUGUGAUACUCAGAUUGAACAAGCGAUACUGUAUGAAGAUUAUUCAAGUAUACGCACCAACCACCAAUCAGGCCGAUGAGGAAGUGGACCUCUUCUAUGACGAUGUGAGCAAGGCUUGGGAGGAUCAGAGAACCCAUUUCACAUUCUUAUGUGAGGAUUUCAACGCAAAGGUUGGAUUGAAGUCUAGCGACUUGGAGACUGCUCUUGGAAGUUUCGGUUCGGAGGGCAGGAAUGAUCGCGGCGAGAUGCUUCUCGGAUUCCUCUUACAAAACAACUUAUUUCUCAUGAAUAGUUUUUUCUACAAUAAACUUAAUCGAAGGUGGACCUGGAAGGGCCCAUAUAGUCGAACAAAAAAUGAGAUCGACUUCAUAAUAGCUGAUAACAGAAAUACGGUCAAAGAUGUAUCAGUAUUAAAUAGGUUUCCACAAGUAGCGACCAUCGUAUAG